GCAGUUUUCACUCUUGCUUUCUUUGAUUCUAAUAGUUGACAUAUUAAUUUAAUGCAGAUUUCAACUUAUCUACUCUAGUCCAUAAGAAUGGCCGGUCAUCGUUUAAAAUGUCGGGCAAGCUGGGGGAUAAAGCAUAUUGGCCAAAAGGGUCGGAUUCAUGAGUCAAACGAUGCGUAUUGGGCCGUAUUGGAAAGAAUGGCAGUUAACUGAUGCCAGCUGUAAUUGGUUAUUUGUCCCCUUUAUCACGAGGAGAGGAGGCAGAAACAGGUAAAAGUGGGUUCUUUAGUCUAGCAGCUAGACCUUACACGAAAGUGUUUCUCUUUGGUGUCUCCUUCAGCAGCUGCAGCUCCAAAUUAAUCCCCAUACAAACUCGCCAUUAUUAUUUUUCUUACGUAAAGCCUUUACACCUAUUCCAAAAUUUGGUCAAAUCAAAUGCAUCGCAAGGAGGACGGUUGCUUGGUUUAGAUGUUGGUGAUAAGUAUGUUGGAUUAGCUGUCUCAGACCUCGAUAAUAAAAUCGCCUCACCUCUAAGUGUUUUGGUUCGGAAGAAGACAAAUAUUGAUCUAGUGGCUCAUGAUUUUCAAAGCCUGAUCUCUGAACUUUCUCUGGUAGGCUUCGUAGUUGGCUAUCCAUUUGACAGACAACGACUUGCUCCUGAUGCUACACAGGUGAAGCUAUUCAUUGAUGAUCUUUCAGAGACGGGAAAACUUGAUGGGUUAAAGUUUACGUUCUGGGAUGAGCGCUUUACAUCAAAGAAUGUGGAAUUGCUGAUAAAGCCUUUGAGCUUGCAUCCAGUACUAGCAAAAACUGUAGUUGAUAAGUUUGCUGCUGUUCAGAUUCUUCAGGCAUACCUGGAUUAUGUGAACAAGAAGGAACGUAGGUGAGAUAUAACCCUAUUGGUAUACAUCUAGGCGUUAUGUCAUCUGAUUAACACCAGGAUCUUAGCUUUGUAAGUGAAAAUACUGAAGUAGUUUGGCAUUUUGAGAGGAAAAUAAAAACCCAAUUGUAUUGCCAACACUCCAACAAAUAGGUCUCAGCCUAGCAAAAAGUAAAUGUUACUCUGCUGUUUUUAUUUCGACUAAACCUUAUUUACUUUGUGGGAACAUAGAAGAAUUCUUGAUAUCUUUUGCCAUGGA